UGUUUCCUUCUUGUUUCAGAGUCGUGACGUAAAUCCAAGAGCAACGAAGGGACAGCCCACAAGAGCAGAGAAGAGACAAGAGACAGAUGGAGUUUUAAUUUGUCACUCGCUCUCUGUUCUCUGUUGAAGAUUUUUAUCCUUCUUUCUCUUCGAAGAUGAUGGUUCCAUCUUCUUCGUUAACCGUACUCGUAAUUUCCUUUUUUCUCUCCUUUUUUGCCGCACAAGCAGUGCAAGUGCCAUUUCAUUCGCAGGAUCUUCUGCCUUUGUUGCCUAGGCAAGUCUCGUGGCCAAUUCUCAAUUAUCUCAAUAGUGCUCUUGACCUUUUGCCAACUUUUGUGGGAGCUGCCUCGUCUCCAAAUGACACCGUCCAGUGGAAGGGUGCCUGCUUCUACAAUAACACGGCUUGGAUGGAGUUCCAUAACAAGACUGGCAGUGAAUUUGGCGGUGGCACACUUCAUGUCAAGGUUAGCAAGGCUCAUAGCUGGACAUGUAUCGAUCUUUAUGUCUUUGUAACUCCAUACCGGGUUACAUGGGAUUAUUAUUUUCUUUCACGGGAGCAUACAUUCGAGUUUAAAGAGUGGGAAGGGAAAGCUGAGUAUGAAUAUGUGAAAAACAGGGGAAUUUCAAUUUUCCUCAUGCAAGCGGGGAUGCUGGGAACCCUUCAAGCACUGUGGGAUGUCUUCCCCCUAUUUACAAAUACCGCAUGGGGAGAGAAUUCAAAUAUUAGAUUCCUUGAGAAGCGCAUGGGAGCUACCUUUGAACAACGUCCUCAGCCCUGGGUUACCAACAUCAGUACCAAUGAUAUUCACUCAGGAGAUUUCCUUGCAAUAUCAAAAAUUCGUGGGAGGUGGGGUGGUUUUGAGACUUUGGAGAAGUGGGUCAGUGGAGCAUAUGCUGGCCAUACUGCUGUUUGCUUAAGGGAUUCUGAAGGAAAAUUGUGGGUUGGUGAAUCAGGACAUGAGAAUGAUCAGGGAGAAGAUAUUGUCGCUGUGUUGCCAUGGGAUGAAUGGUGGGACUUUGAGCUGACUAAGGAUGACUCUAAUCCACAUAUUGCGCUGCUUCCUCUUCAUCCUGAUUUGCGAGCCAAGUUUAAUGAGACUGCCGCAUGGGAGUAUGCAUUGAGUAUGAAUGGCAAACCUUAUGGAUAUCAUAACAUGAUAUUUAGCUGGAUAGACACUGUUAGCGGAAACUAUCCACCUCCCUUGGAUGCACAGCUGGUUGCAUCUGUUAUGACAGUUUGGAAUCAAAUACAACCUGCAUAUGCUGCCAACUUGUGGAAUGAAGCCUUGAACAAGAGACUUGGAACUGAGGACCUUGAUCUUCCUGAUAUCUUAGUAGAGACUGAAAAGCGUGGAUCAUCCUUCGGUGAACUGUUGACAAUUCCUGAACAGGAUGAUUGGCUAUACACUGAUGGGAGAUCAACUUCAUGCAUUGCUUUCAUUCUGGAAAUGUACAAGGAAGCUGGACUAUUUGGUCCAAUUGCUAGCUCUAUACAAGUGACUGAGUUUACGAUUAAGGACGCCUACACCCUCAGGUUUUUUGAAAACAACUCAAGUCGUCUUCCAAAGUGGUGCAAUGAUGGGGACAAUGUGAAGCUCCCCUAUUGUCAGAUUCGGGGCAAGUAUCGAAUGGAGCUACCAGGAUACAAUACCAUCGAUCCUUAUCCCCAUAUGAACGAACGAUGUCCAUCACUGCCUCCAAAAUAUUAUAGGCCACAGAAUUGCUAAACUACUUUUGACAUGAAAUUAUUAUACCUUGGAUUAUGUCAUUGGAGGUGCAGGCAAUCUACUCUUUCUCUUGACACUACAUACUGAAGCUGCCCCGGGACAGGAGUUUGGCUGAUGGUUGUAGAUAUGGCAUUGAUACUAUAAAAUUUUAGAGCAUUAGAUGAUAGAUAUUAAAUGUAUAGUGUAGACAGAAGUGAAACCUUUUCAGUCACUUCUUUCCCAUGGUUGGAGCCUUCCAUGUUAAGCUGAACUAAAAUUUGUUCUAUGAAAAAAGAGAUUUGCCGCAAGUUUUAGUUUAUGGAAGUCUUGUUUCUAUACUAGUUGAAUGCGCACCCAAAAUCUCACAAUCAGAUCUCAUAUCCUGUAGUUUUGAGGAAUAAGUAAUGUUAUCUGGCACAUUCGCAGGCAUUCAGUUGUGAUUAACUCUAUGUAAUAAGCAUCAUAUUAGUGUUUGGUAAUAAAAGGUUCUGAAUAUUGCAGUA